UCCAGGGCUCCACACCUGGCAGAUGAUGGCCAGCUGCGAGGGGGGCCUCGGCAAGCCCAAAGAGCGGAAUCUGCAGUUCGGCUACGACGGGAGGGACUUCCUCAGCCUGGAUAUGCAGGCCCUCACCUGGACGGCGGCCGACGUGGAGGCCCACAGGACCAAGAGGAACUGGCUGUCGGACCCUGCUGUCACCCAGCGCUUCAGGGCCUACGUGGACCAGACCUGUGCCGAGUGGUUCCAGGCCAGGCUGGAUGCUGGCCAGGAAGGGCUGCGGAGGACGGAGCCUCCAAAGGUGAAGGUGACCAGAAGGGCAGGCCCUGGCAGCACGGAGACCCUCACCUGCCAUGCCCAGGGCUUCUACCCCCGAAGGAUCGACGUGAAGUGGAGCAGGGACAAGGAGGUCUGGGUGCAGGAGAGCUCCCGGGGGGUUCUGGCUCCAAACUCUGAUGGGACUUUCUACUUCUGGCUGGGCAUCGAGAUCGAUCCUGCGGAAAGGCAGCACUUUUGGUGCCACGUGGAACAUGAAACCUUGCCAGAGCCUGUGAUCAAAACAUGGGAGGACCCCACAGCGUUCAUCCUGAGGAUUGUUCUUGGGGUUCUGGGGGCUCUCCUGCUGGUUGUAGUAGCUGUGGUUGCUUGGUGGCGUGUCAAGAGACUUCGGGGCGGCUGCAGAGCAGCAGCAUCAGAGAAACAUCAAGAUGGCCGUGAAGCAGAGUUAGUCUUACAGUUCUCAGAGUGUCUUUCGGUUGAGGCCAAAGAUUUGAAAAUUGCUUUUAAACAACUUUCUGCACUCUGGAGACUCCAAGGAUGUGCCGGGGUUGAGGAAUGCAAUCUGUGCCUUAGUCCAUAGAAAUUACACAAUGGCCUGGAAGCAACAGAAUCAUCCUGACCCGUGUGGUCCGUGCCCGCUGGGCUGGCGGGUCUCUCUCGAAGUGUUUCCUCCUGCAUCCGGGGUUCUUCUGUCCUCUGUGUGGACUUCUUCAGCGCCAGCAAGCUGGAUGUAUCUACUCCAUUUGCGGGAUACCAUCCUGGGAUGGAAAACGGGGAAAGCCGAGGACUGGGUGGGAGUUGCCUCCAUGUUCCCAGUUCCCUGCUGUGCAGCCAGCGGCAGACAGGCCAUAAUUCCUCAUACCUCUACCCGAUCCGAGCCAGGGACACUCGGACCCUUCCGAUCUCCUUGGGACAAGAGCUGGGGAAGCAAAACUGAAACCGUCCACCUCUGCCCCAAGCUGAAGCUCUGCAAAGCAGCCAGACUGAGGAGGAAGGCUCUGAGCUCAGUAUUAAGCCUGCCUUGGAAACGACGCACACAAGAGCUUGAAACAGCAAACUUGAUUUAGAAUGAGGAACAGAAACAGAGAGAGGCACACAGAACUAAAAGCAGAUUGAAACUCAGAAGAAUUCUUGCUCUCAGAACAAGGAAGCAAUAUCGACAGAAAUACCUUAAGGCCAGACUACUUCUCUGUAAGCCAUGGAGAAAUUCUUGGAAACUGCUGAGGGCUGGAAUAAUACAGCCCUGUCCUGCCCCUCCUCUGUGUUUCACGUAGGUGAGGAUCUUCCACUUGGAUAGGGCCAAAGUCAGAUUCCAGGUUCACUGGGUUCAUCAUCAGAUUCUAGAUGAUGACCGAAGAUCCAGGCACCUUCCUGGGAAAGGCCAGGAAGAAACACCCUCCGAGGAGAUAAUUGCCCCUGGUGUUAUAUCCUCAAACCUCUGACUGUUGCAUGAUGAGCCUCCAAAGCCAGUCACUGUCAGGCGGGACACUUUGUGAGAGUCCAGUGGGAAUGGAAAACUUGCCCACCCAGCUGGAAUUAGAAAUGGAUGCCCCUGUCGGCGUCCCCACAAGAUCAGGCUGGGAUACCCUCCUAGAUUGCCACUCCUUUGGAGGUGAACGGAGCGAUUCUUCCAUUUGCUUUUAUCAGCAGGUCAAAUCCUUAUGGGUGGGUUUGCAGGGCAGGUGGGCUGGAUCCAUGCAAGGGAAGGGAAUCGCUCCAUUUAUUUGUAUGGAGGGAGGGAGGCAGGGAGGGUGAUGGAGAGAUGACAGGAAAACAAAUAGCCUGGAGAGGAAAGCAAGCAGGGUGAAGGGUGGUAAGAGAGAGCAGUCAGCCUGAGCAGCACUAUAGGGGAUUAUCCCCCAAAUGUUUGAUUGCCCCAUGCCCCUUACAGCAGCCACUCCGGUGCCCAAGGCAUGCUUUUGAAGGCCCAGUGUGACCACGUGCCCAGAAAGUUUGGCAGUUUGCUAGUAUUGUAAAUCGCCACUUUGUGUUAGAACAGCAGAAAACGAUGGCCUGACAACGUUGCAGAGAAUGAGUCAAGUGCUCUUAAAUUUUGUAGAGCGAAUACCAUGUAUCCAUAUGGUAUCGAUUAUCUAUAUUAAAUCCAAGUCUUUGUUCUUUGAGAGAGAUGAAAAAGCUGGGAUUGGCGAGUAGCUUCUGGCUGAAACCCGGCGUCUCCGGUUGGCUCUCCCUGCUCCAUGUCCCUGCUGUGCCCUGACGGAUCUACUCCGGAGCGAUCCCCACACGCCCACAACAGAUGUGGGACUGAUUCCCAUUCCGCUGGUGCACGAUCAAAAUGGUGUACAGUCCUGUGUAAAACGGUAUUGAAAACAGAUGCUAUAUCAGCAUGCAUAGUGCAAUUUUUUAAACAGAGAAUUUUUUAUUGUUCUUUUUGGAAUAAAAAACAAAUCGCCACCUG